UUUUUCUUUUCCAAAUUACGAAAUAUGUCUGACGAACUUCCAAUGAUCCACACAGGUCCGGCCAAAGAGGAGCCUGUCGAUGAAAACGAAAAACUUCGGAUACGAAAGAAUUCAACGCAUGCAAAUAUCCCUCCGCGCAGCCCGGAACUAGUCCGGCCACAUUGUGAUAACUCCGAUGAACAAUGCAAGAAUGUGUGCUUACCUCGACCUAUAUAUUUGUAAUAU